CCUGCGCCUGCGCAGAUCCUCUCCCCGAGCCCUGCCAACCAUGGUGAACUUGGGUCUGUCCCGAGUGGACGACGCCGUGGCUGCCAAGCACCCGGGACUCGGGGAGUAUGCCGCAUGCCAGUCACACGCCUUCAUGAAGGGCGUUUUCACCUUCGUCACAGGCACCGGCAUGGCCUUCGGCUUGCAGAUGUUCAUUCAGAGGAAGUUUCCAUACCCUUUGCAGUGGAGCCUCCUAGUGGCCGUGGUCGCAGGCUCUGUGGCCAGUUACGGGGUGACGAGAGUGGAGUCGGAGAAAUGCAACAACCUCUGGCUCUUCCUGGAGACCGGGCAGCUCCCCAAAGACAUGAGCACAGAUCGGCGAAGCUAGGAGAGCUCCAGCGGGGCACAGAGGAUUGGGGGCAGGAGGAGUCUGGAACACAGCCUGCAUGCCCCCCGACCCCAGGCUGACCCUCCCCACACCCUAGGGUACCCCAGUCGUAUCCUCUGUCUGCAUGCGUGGCCAGGCCUGACAAACCCCUGCAGACGGCUGCUGCCCCAACCUGGGACCUGUCCAGGAGGUUGGAGCAGAAAGGGCUCUCCCUGGGGUGGUGGUUCUCCUCUAGGGUAUCAGGACACAUGGUCUGCACUGCCAGCAGAGAGGGUGCGUCCGGGGGCCACCACCUAGGGGGCACAGGGUAGAAGGGGCCUGUGCACCCUGUCAUUCCCUUUCUAGCCCCUGCACCUCCGACAAAUCCAAGGUGACAGCUGGUGCUAGGGGUGUGGGGUUAAUAAAUGGCUUAUCCUUCUCUCCA